GAUCAGUACUCCUCAGGGCAAUCUCUAUUAUACUAAUCGGUACGGUGAGUCAGAUCAUGAAAUUGUUGGAAAACAUCAAUGUUAUAGAGGAGAACACACAUUGAAUAUUAACGAUGAACUUAUUUUCAUAGGCAAGUUUUAUAACAUUUACAAGCUAUCGAGAGAUUUAAGACAAACGUCUACGCUGAUAGAGAAAAAAAGGCCAUGGGAACCGUUCUGUGUCUACUGCUCCCCAUUAAAUGGAGAUCUAUUGGUUGGGAUGCGUAACAUUGAAACUAAAAAAGGCAGGGUAGUAUUGUACAGCGACAAAGGACAUCACAUACAGACUAUGCAGCACGACAACACAGGUCAAGACCUGUAUAGCGUACCUAGAUACAUCACGGAGAAUCGCAAUCGAGAUGUUAUUGUGUCUGACUGGCACCAUGGUGUGGUAGUGACAGAACGUUCGGGUAAACAUCGCUUCUCCUACAGAGGACCUACCUCAAGACAUCGACUACUUCCAUGUGGAAUCUGCACAGACCCACUCUCAAAUAUUUUGGUCUGUGAUGCAGGGAGCCACACAGUUCAUUUGGUUGACGUGGAUGGUAAUUUCCUUUCGCUGAUACUAACACAACAGCAUGGAAUAAAUAUACCAUACUGCUUGGGUUAUGAUGACAAAAAUAACCUUCUCUUGCUUGGAUCAUCGCAUAAUACGAUAAAAGAAUAUCGAUACAUAUGUAGAAAGGACUGCCUAAAAGAAUUUCACUCUAUUGAUGAGUGGAAGAAUGACUGGAAAGAUGCACUCAUUUCCUUUCGAAAAGAGCAUUAUGCUUCUGCUGUCUUUCAACUUAAUUCAUUACUUGAUUGAGAGGUCUCCUAAGUUUCACGGGCCAUGAGACGUAAAAAUCAUCGCAGCGAGCAUGUUCACUUUUAUCACAUAAGAUAUUGAUCCACAAAGUCUACUAAAUACAGUCAGAAAAGGACGACAUUUGUGUAAGAAAAUUUGCUACGAAAUAUGAUUUUCUCGCAAAUGAUGAGAACGACGACGAAUUGGAAAAUAUUUUUACUUUUCAGGAGGAAGUAUGAUAUACAAUUACAUGUAAUCAAUUCAAUAUACCAGUUACUUCCAUAUUCCAUACAAUUAAUACAG